GCGGCGCUGCGGGCCUCGGGAAGCGCAGCGGGACCGUCCGUCCUCAGCAGUCCACCCGCACCCCCUCCCGCACCCCCCCCAGGCGCCGUAACCCGAGGAUGAACGUGCACACCGGCGCAGGAUGCCCAGCGUGCCGCCGAACGCCCUGAAAGCCACUACCUUCAUCCCCGUGUCCGGCGCCGCCGCUCUGCUCGUCGGAUCCACCACCUUGUUCUUCGUUUUCACGUGCCCCUGGCUGAGCCGGACAAUUUCCCUGGCCGUGCCGCUCUACAAUGGCAUCAUCUUCCUGUUCGUGCUGGCCAACUUCAGCAUGGCCACCUUCAUGGACUCCGGUGUGUUUCCCAGAGCGACCGAGGAGGAGGACGCGGAAGACGACUUCCGUGCCCCGCUCUACAAGAACGUGGAGGUGAAGGGGAUCCAAGUGCGCAUGAAGUGGUGUGCGUCCUGUCACUUCUACAGACCCCCCCGGUGCUCCCACUGCAGUGUGUGUGACCACUGCGUGGAGGACUUUGACCACCAUUGCCCCUGGGUGAACAACUGCAUCGGGAGGCGGAACUACCGCUACUUCUUCCUGUUCCUGCUGUCACUCUGCGUGCACAUGGUGGGCGUCUUCUCCUUUGGCCUCCUCUUUGUGCUGCACCACCUGGAGUGUCUGGAAGCCCUGCACACGACCAUCACCUUGGCGGUCAUGUGUGUCUCAGGUCUCUUCUUCAUCCCGGUGGGUGGACUCACAGGCUUCCACAUGGUCCUGGUGGCCCGGGGACGCACCACAAACGAGCAGGUCACUGGAAAGUUCAAAGGAGGGGUCAAUCCUUUCACUCGGGGUUGCCGUGGCAACGUGGAGUACGUCCUGUGCACUCCCCUUGCUCCCAGGUACAUAGUAGACCACAGGAAGAAGACCUCCAUCUCCAUCCAGCCCCCCUUCCUGCAUCUGGAGCUCUCAGAAAGACAGAUCACCUUCAAGCUCAGCGACAAUGGGAGCGGCGAUAUCCUGCGGACGAAAUCCAAAUGCAGUCUGGACCUGCUGGACCCCCAGCUUCCUCUGGGCCCCGGGGCCGACGCGGACGAGGACUACGAGCUGAGUAGCGGCCUGGGCGAGAGCGAAGAGGGCCUGUCUGCCCAAGCCUUGUGCAAGUACCGGCCCUCAUUCGCACCUGUGGCCAAAGUGCACUACUGCACAGCGGGGGAGCAGGGCCCGAUGGACCGCAGCCCCGGGGCCCAAGACUGCUUCUCUGAGCUGGAGCUGGACCUCAGCGACUGGCGCAGCCGCCCCGUACACUGGGCCUUUCGGGGCUCUCCCAUGCAGCUGGACACCUACAGCCUCCACUCGCGGUCGCUCAGCCUGCGGGAGUCGCAUCGGCACCGGGAGCGGCUGCUCUCCCGACCCUCUCGGCCCGAGGCCUGCAGUCCUCGCGCGGGUUCCGCCCCGGUUCCGGGUUCCCUCUUCAGCCGCAACGGAAGCCUGUCCUACGACAGCCUGCUGAGCCCCGUCGCAGCGGCGCCCUACGGCGGGAGGCAGCGCGCACCCUUCCCGCCUGGGAAUUUGCCCGUCGGGGGCAGGCAGUCACCCUGCCCUGGAGACCAGCCGCCCCCGCGCUACGAGAGCCUCUCCAAGGCGGCGAUGGCGUCCAUCCAGGAGCGCAGGGAGACCGAGGAGAGAGAACGCCUCCUGGCGCUUCCGGACUGCGGCGUGUACGACACCCCCCGCGCGCGCAGCCUGCACCCGGGGCCGUGCUUUGCGGAGGGCCGCCGGGCCCCCGGGUCCCGCAGCCCCACCCCCCCCGUGUUCGACUCCCGCGACAGCCUCGUGGGAGCCAGGGCCAGGGCGCCCUGCCCGCACUCCUCUUCCCGGUCCUCCGUGACCUCCGCGACCUCCGCGCGCACGGACGCAUCUGGCGCCUCGCACCACGCCCAUCGCGCUCGCUCCACCUGCUCCACCCCCCCUCGCUCCCCCCCCACCUACGUGUCCCACAAGCGUCUGUCCGUCAUGAGCGCCGCAGACUGGAUGGGCUCCGGCCCCCAGGGGGAGCCCAAGGUUUGAGGUUCGACCGCCGACUUCCCGGGAGCUCCGUCACCCUCCGAGCUCAGCCCAGACUCCCUCAACAAGGCCCGACGCUCACUUUUCCUUUCUCGCUCUCCGCAGGCAGGUGUCGCGUUUCUCCUGUCCUGUCCAGUUGGGGAACUUAACAGAAAGACAAAAAUAAUGAACUGAUACAUGUAUUCACUUCUCUGGCACUCUUGCCCAAAGCAACACUGUUACUUUUACACUGUUAAACUACUUACAAUUAUUUACCCA